AUGGCAGAAAAGGACCUUCGACAACCUAUGGCAACACAGCUCGUGGCGCCUAACGAAGAGGCGCAACAUGCUGCUGACGAUGAGAAAUCCAUGACCCUCGUCCAAGCGAUCAAGCUUUAUCCAAAAGCGGUCGGCUGGUCGGUCGUCCUCUCGAGUGCUCUGAUCAUGGAAGGGUAUGACCUUGCGUUGUUGGGGAGUUUGUACGGCAGCCCUCAGUUCAAUCGCAAGUACGGGGUGUUCAACGCUGCUACUGGUAAGUACAGUGUUCAGGCGAGUUGGCAGAGUGCUCUAUCGAACGGAGCACGAGCUGGUGAAGUGAUUGGCUUGUUCAUCAACGGAUUCGUCAGUGAGCGUUAUGGUUAUCGCAAGACCAUGAUCGGUGCUCUGAUGUCAAUGACUGCCUUCAUCUUCAUCCUUUUCUUCGCACCCAACGUUCAAACACUGGUCAUUGGCGAAGUCUUCUGCGGGAUACCCUGGGGCAUGUUCCAGACUCUCACAACGCAGUACGAAUCAGAAGUCGCGCCUGUACGCUUGAGGCCGAUUCUGACCACAUUCGUCAACAUGUGCUGGGUAAUGGGACAGUUCAUCGCUGCGGGUGUAAAUCGCGGCUGCGUUCAACGUCCGGACCAAUGGGCUUAUCGUAUUCCUUUCGCUAUACAGUGGGUCUGGCCCAUACCAAUCAUGGUCGGUGUCUUCCUCGCACCUGAAAGUCCUUGGUGGCAUGUUCGAAAAGGAGAUAAGGCAGGCGCUAAAGCUGCAUUGCUUCGUCUGACUUCGCCGGAUAAAGACCCAAACUUCAACGCCGAUGAAACGAUCGCCAUGAUUGAACAUACCAACGAAAUGGAAAAGAGCAUGUCGGAAGGAACACGAUGGAUGGACUUGUUCAAGGGGACAGAUCUCCGACGGACCGAAAUCGUAUGCUUUACCUGGAUCGCUCAAACGAUUUGUGGGACCAACAUUAUGGGCUACUUCGCGUAUUUCAUGCAGAAGGCAGGUCUCCCAACGGUGCAAUCGUUCAACAUGUCGAUGAUCUCGCUGGCCCUUGGCCUAAUCGGUACCGCUGGCUCUUGGUGGUUGAUGCAGAAGUUUGGCCGGCGAACGAUCCACUUCUCGGGUGGCUGCACACUGUUUGUCAUCCUUAUCAUCGUCGGAUCAUGCUCUUUCGCUGGCACGCAAGCGUCUAAUUGGGCCAUCGGAGCGGUUCUGAUUCUUUUCGUCUUCGUGUACGACUUCACGAUCGGUCCAGUAACCUACUCAAUUGUUUCGGAGAUGUCAUCCACGAGAUUGAAAGCGAAGACUAUCGUUCUCGCCCGCGCACUCUACAACAUCUCGAACAUUGUCGUCAACGUUUUGACGAAUUAUCAGCUCGGCGAUGCCAAUUGGGCUUGGGGUGCGAAAACAGCGUUCUUCUGGGCUGGUACCUGUGGUUGCGUUGUGGUAUGGGUGUACUUUAGACUGCCAGAACCGAAAGGCCGGACGUACGGUGAGCUUGACAUGUUGUUUGAGCAGCGGGUAAGUGCCAGGAAGUUUGCUAGCACUCAAGUUGAUCCGUACGGGCAUGCACGCGUUGCUGAUGAGAAGAGCGCUGCGAACCCGGAGUGGAAGGAGUGA